AAGGCAUAUCCAGUCUUCUACUAUCUAUAGUCACUGGCUGUAAGCUGAUAACAAACUGAAAUUUUUAUUUAAGAAAGCAGAGAAUAGUAUACUGAGAACAGUAACGAUAACAGUUAAAAUGGCUAAACAUAAUGUAAAGAUUGGAAUAAUUGGUGGUUCUGGUUUGGACAGUCCACAGAAUCAGAUAUUAAAUUGUUGUACAAUCACCACACGGGAAGAAGCAAAAAAUGAUUUUGGAUUACCAUCUAGUGAUCUUUAUCAUGGUAAUAUUAAUGGUGUAGAUGUCAUCUUGUUAUCGAGACAUGGACCAGGUCAUAAAAUAGGCCCCAGUGAAGUAAAUUACCGAGCAAAUAUUGAAGCUUUAAAAUUAGCUGGAUGUACUCAUGUUCUUGCAUCAACAGCCUGUGGUUCUUUACAAGAAUCCAUUUCUAGAGGACAACUAAUUAUUCCUGAUAGUUUUUUAGAUAGAACAAUAGCUAGAAAGGUAACUUUAUAUGAUGGUACUUCACCAAAAUAUAAAGGUGUAUGCCACAUACCAAUGGAACCAGCUUUUGAUCCAAGUACAUCUGAAAUACUAUUUGAAAUUGGAAAAGAAUUAGGAUAUGAAAUAAGAAAAGGUGGAACAAUAGUAACUAUAGAGGGACCUCGUUUUUCCUCAAAAGCUGAGAGUAAUGCAUUACGCCUAUGGGGCGGACACUUAGUUAAUAUGACUACAUGCCCAGAGGUAUAUCUAGCAAAAGAAGCAGGACUUUUAUAUGCAAGUAUAGCAAUGGCAACAGAUUACGAUUGUUGGAGAGAUUGUGAAGAUAAUGUUCAUGCAGCAGAUGUAAUAGCAGUAUUUAAACAAAAUGUUAAUAAAAUAAAGAAUAUACUUGUAAAAGCAGUUGAAGUUAUUAAUGAAAGAUAUUGGGACAAAGAAAUUAGUUGUUUACAGAAAUUGUGCCAAACCAGUAAUGUCUCUUCUUGAACUUCAUAAUUUAGUAUUAUUCAAUUAACCCUUUGCAGACGGGACAGUUCGAAGCUGAGCGCUUUGUAGAGUCGAGUUGCUAUAUCAGCUGUUUUCGUCGAAUUCAUAUAUGCGUUUAUCGGCUACAUACAUGGUUUACGUUGAAUAUACAUACAGGGUGAUCCUCUCGCUACGCUACCCAAAGGAAGUGCCGCCACAAUAGAAUGUAGAAGUCGACAUCCCAUUUCUGUCAUCGCUUACUUGACCCCUGCAGCGAAGACGGCUGUGUGCGUGAAAAUGCGUGUGAUGAGCAGAAGAGUCCCAUUUAAACGCUACGGAAAACAGAAUAUUUUCUUAACACAUUUCCACGCACACAACCGUCUUCGCCGCAGGGACCUCGACGGUCAUGUAAGCGAUGACAGAAAUAGAAUGUAGACUACCACAUUCUAUUGUGGCGGCACUUCCUUUGGGUAGCGUAGCGAGAGGAUCACCCUGUGUAUAUACAGGGUGAUCCUCUCGCUACGCAAGACAAAAGCCAUGCCACACAAUGGAACCCCUGCUAUUCCGUGUCUCGUUGUCGUCUCAGUUAUAAACACACACAGAGUAGUUUUGGUUCCGGCAAUAUGGCCCCUGGGUCUCUUUACCCACAAAAACAGCAAGGUUCGAUUGUGCGGCACGGCUUUGGUCUUGCGGGUCUUGCGUAGCGAGAGAAUCACAUUAUAUAUGCGUCGAUCGUCCGUAAAGGAUUAAAUAACUAUCAUUCCGAUUUAUAUACAUAUUAAAAGGUUUUAAGAACACGUAUUAUUUUUUUUAAUAAAUGCGACAAUGACAAGGA